GCCUGCGCGCGCAGGCGCCGCAGGAGCUGCCGCGCUCCCUCCCGGUUCCGGGCUUCCUCCGCUCCCUCCGGGCGUCUGGUUCCUGCGGCGGGUGACCCCGUCCCCUGCCCCGUGGGCGUGUGGCAGAGACCAUGGAGGAGGCGCAGGCCCCGAGCCUGACGGCGGAGCCCCAGCCGGCCGAGGGGCGCGCCCAGAGCCCGCAGGCGCCGCCGCAGGACCCGGGGCUGCUGUACCAGGAGGAAACCAUCGAUCUCGGGGGGGACGAGUUCGGGUCGGAGGAGAACGAGACCGUGUUGGAGGACUCCAGCACCUUCGUGGACAAGCUCAGUGAGCACAUGAUGGAGAGCGUGCUCAUUUCCGACUCUCCCAACAACAGCGAGGACGACGCGGGCGACCUUGGCGGCGUGCAGGAGGCCACCGAAGGCAGCGCGGACCCCAGGCUGGACGGUGCCAUCGGCCAAGGUGCGGCCGACACUCCGAGGCCGGACGGCGAGAGUGACAGAGACGAAGCACCUCAGGACGUCCCCAGCGUGACCCCCGACGUGACCCCCGGGAGCCGGGCCUCCUCGGAGGAGGACCUGGGGCUGGAAGGGAGAGGCCCGCGCACCUGCGUGGACGAGGGCGCGGGGGACUCGGGCUCCAGGAGCCAGGGCCCGCUCCCCGGGGCGCCGGGCCCGUCCUCCGGGCGGCCCUCCCCCAAGGACGAGCCCGUGCCCGUGUGCACCAUCUUCAGCCAGUCCCAGCCCGAGGCCGCCCAGUCUCCCCCCUUUCUGCAGGACGGCUUCGAGUCCCAGGUGGUGAAGUCGCCCAGUUUCAGCGGGGCCGGCCGGCCGGCCGCCCAGACCCCUCCCCCGGCGGUGCAGCCCAGCCCCAGCCUGAGCACGUUCUUCGGAGAGACGGCCAGCACCAACUCCCUGGCCUCCGAGUUCUUUGACUCGUUCACAACGUCCGCAUUCAUUUCUGUCAGCAACCCCAACGCGGGGGGAGCUGCCGUUCCAGAGCCGCUGUCUCCACAUGCGUCCCCGGUGGCAGGGGCUCCCCUGGGUCCCGCCGAGCCCCACCCCGCCGGGACGGAGCGGUUGGAGCCGGCCGUUCCCACGGCCGCUCUGGAAACCCCCCGGUCUCCAAAGCCAUUCCCGCAGAUCCAGGCCGUGUUCGCGGGGAGCGAGGACCCCUUCGCCACCGCCCUGAGCAUGAGUGAGAUGGACCGGCGGAGCGACGCCUGGCUGCCCGGGGAGGGGACCAGGGACAUCCUGAAUUCGGUGGCCGCCCAGCAGUACAGCACCGUGUUCAUAGACAAGGAGAACCUCACCAUGCCCGGCCUCAAGUUCGACAACAUCCAGGGAGACGCCGUGAAGGACUUGAUGCUCCGCUUCCUGGGCGAGAAGGCGGCGGCGAAGAGGCAGGUCCUGAACGCCAGCUCGGUGGAGCAGUCCUUCGUCGGGCUGCGGCAGCUGAUAAGCUGCAGAAACUGGAGGGCGGCGGUGGACCUGUGCGGGCGCCUCCUCACGGCCCACGGCCAAGGCUACGGCAAGAGCGGGCUGCCCACCAGCCACACGGCGGACUCGCUGCAGCUCUGGUUCGUGCGGCUGGCGCUGCUGGUGAAGCUGGGCCUCUUCCAGAACGCCGAGAUGGAGUUCGAGCCCUUCGGCGACCUGGACCAGCCGGACCUCUACUACGAGUACUACCCGCACGUGUACCCGGGGCGCAGGGGCUCCAUGGUGCCCUUCUCCAUGCGGAUCCUGCACGCGGAGCUGCACCAGUACCUGGGCCGCCCCCAGGAGUCGCUGGACCGGCUGCACCGGGUGAAGGCCGUCUGCAGCAAGAUCCUGGCGCACCUGGAGCAGGGCCUGGCUGAGGACGGCAGCGUGGGCACCAUCACGCCGGAGAACAGGCAGGCCUCCGUGCAGCUGUGGCGGUCCCGCCUGGGCCGGGCGACCUGCUCCAUGGCCAACUGCCUGCUGCUGAUGAAGGACUACGUGCUGGCCGUGGACGCGUACCGCUCGGUCAUCCAGUUCCACCCCGAGCAGGAGCCGCAGCUGCUCAGCGGCAUCGGCCGCAUCUUCCUGCAGAUCGGAGACAUCAAGACGGCGGAGAGGUACUUCCAGGACGUGGAGAAGGCGGCCCAGAAGCAGGACGGGCCGCAGGGGAAGACGGUGGUGCUGAUGAACAGAGCUUUCCUUCACCUCGGCCAGAAUGACUUUGCAGAAGCGCACAGGUUCUUCUCGGAAAUUUUGAGGAUCGACCCCACAAACGCCGUGGCCAACAACAACGCGGCCGUGUGCCUGCUCUACCUGGGCAGACUCAAGGACUCGCUGCGGCAGCUGGAGGCCAUGGUGCAGCGCGACCCCGGGCGCUGCCUGCACGAGAGCGUGCUCUUCAACCUGAGCACCAUGUACGAGCUGGAGUCCUCGCGCAGCGCGCAGAAGAAGCAGGCGCUGCUGGGGGCCGUCGCUGCCAGGGAGGGCGACAGCUUCAACACCCAGUGCCUCAAGCUGGCCUAGGCCGGGCUGCACGGUGGGGCCGGUCCGUGAACGUGGGGGGCCUCUCGCUGGGAGCUGGGGGCGUGUCCUUGGUGCUCGACUGCGGCCACUGGGCAGGUGGUUCGACGCAGCCAGCUCGACCCACGGCGCUGCGCCGUCCGAGAAUGGGGGCCAACGCGCUGUCCGGACGGCGGCCACAGACAGGACCCUCGCCGGCCCGAGUGCUGCACUGGCUGUGAGUGCCCGGGGAAGAGCCGCACACGCACCUGCACCGUCCUCGCCCUGUGCCUGCGCGCCCAGGGCACCGGGAGCAGGCAGAGGCACCCAGCGAGCCUCGCUUCUCCCCACCCCCAGGCUGAACACGUCUGUUUCACUCCCGACGCCCAUUCAGCCCCUGCGGAGCCCCUUGGGCGAGCCUGGUGACGGGUGGGCUCUGGGUUCUGCACGUCACGGGGAGGUGGGGGUGUGGGCGGGAGUCCGUCAGACGGGAAUCCAGGUGCUGCAUCGCUGCCCCAGGCAGGGGGCCAGAGGGGCGUCUGCCUUCCCUCCCGGACGUACUUCCUGCUGCUGUCAGCCAGCCCCUUCUCCCCAGAGAAGCCCCAGCCGGGGCCGCCCGGCAGCUGGGUUUGCCAGGGCCUCCGGGGCGGCACCGGUGUCUCGGAUGGACCCAAGUGUGUGCACACCCAGCGCGGCUGUGUCCUGCCCGUGUCGGUGACAGCGCGACCGCAGCGCAGUGGUUGGAACGGGUCAGCUACGUGCCGAGGCGGAGGAAAGGACGAGGUGGCCGGGGGGCUGCUGGGGCUUUGCAGUCUCUCUCCUGGAGGGGAGGGAAGUAGUCCGGCUGGGGUGGCCCCGCGGGCGGGCGGCGUUGCGCACAGCAAAGGGGCACAGGCCCCUGGUCAGGGCGCAGGCCCGGGUUGCGGGUUCGGUCCCCAGACGGGGCACGCACAAAAGGCCACCAGUGGGUGUUUCUGUCUCACAUCGAUGUUUCCCUCCCUCUGCCCCUCCCUUCCUCUCUAAAAUCAAAAAUAAAAU